AUUCUCAGCAUGCUCGCAUUGUGGUUGAAAAUCCCGUUGUCGACUUGGACGGCGACGAAAUGACACGCAUAAUUUGGCAAAAUAUCAAAGAAAAUCUUAUCUUGCCAUAUCUUCAACUCGAUAUUAAAUAUUAUGAUUUGGGAAUUGAAAGUCGUGACGCUACCAAUGAUCAAGUUACUAUAGAUGCUGCUAAAGCAAUUCAAAAAUACAAUGUUGGCAUAAAAUGUGCGACCAUUACACCGGAUGAAGCGAGAGUCAAAGAGUUUAAUUUGAAAGAAAUGUGGAAAUCUCCAAAUGGGACCAUUCGUAAUAUUUUAAAUGGCGUAGUUUUUCGUGAACCCAUAUUAUUGGAGAGUGUUCCUCGAAUUGUGCCUAAUUGGGAUAAACCAAUAGUUAUUGGUAGACAUGCUUUUGGUGAUCAGUAUAAAGCAACAGAUGUUAUUGUUGAUCAACCUGGAAAGCUUGAACUGCACUUUAUCCCCGAUGACAACAUUUCUUCACCUCAGUCGUGGCCAGUUUAUGAAUUUAAGAGUCCUGGGGUUGCUAUGGCCAUGUAUAACGUUGAUGAAUCAAUCGAAGGCUUUGCUAACAGUAGCUUCCAAAUGGCGCUGAAAAAGGAAAUGCCAUUGUAUCUCAGCACUAAAAAUACGAUCUUGAAAAAAUACGAUGGACGCUUUAAAGAUAUCUUUCAAGAUGUUUACGAGAAAAAAUACAAAGAACAAUUCGAAGCCAAGAAUAUCUGGUAUGAACAUAGACUCAUUGACGAUAUGGUUGCUCAAGUUGUCAAAUCAAACGGGGGAUUUGUAUGGGCAACUAAGAACUAUGAUGGAUGUCCAGCUCAAGGAUUUGGCUCACUGGGAUUGAUGACUAGUGUUCUUGUAACACCCGAUGGAAAAACCAUGGAAGCAGAAGCUGCGCAUGGUACAGUCACUAGACAUUAUAGAGAGUUUCAAAAGGGAAAAGAAACAUCGACAAAUCCAAUUGCUUCUAUUUUUGCAUGGACGCGUGGACUCGGUCAUCGAGCAAGUCUGGAUAAUAAUGAAGCACUACUCAAAUUUGUUCAAGAUCUUGAAAAAGCAUGUAUUGAUACAGUAGAUGUUGAUGGUAAAGUGACGAAAGAUCUGGCAUUAGCUAUUCAUGGGAACAAGCUUCAACGUGAGCAUUAUGUAACUACCACGGAAUUCUUAGAACAAAUCAAAUUGAACCUAAAACGGAUCCGAAAUGAUUAA